AUGGACCAAAAAGCACCAGAAGCUCAGUCGCCCCCUAAUCUGUCCAUCAAUUUUAAGGGGAAAGUCAUAUCACUUAUAUAUUUACGGAAUAAAACACUCAUACCACUAAUACUCAGCCAAUGCGCUCAAGAAGUCAAUCAAUGUCUCAACAAAUUCGCCACCGAUUUAGAGGUCCAUAAGAAGCACCAGUUCUCUAACCCUGACAACCAAUUCAACGAUAUUUGCCACCCCUCAAAUGGCAUUUACUCAAAGUUCGUGGCUUGUAUUACCGGUGCGGAAGGUGUGUGCGCUUCUGACCCUAAUUUCAAGCAAUAUGUUUGUGAGUCGAGGAAACUGAAGAUGAGGAUCAACCGAUUCAAUUGGAAACCGACUUUCUUUCAUCACUUGUGUCUCAACACCAGUCAUGACUUAAGUCAAGGUUUCAUACGACACGAGGAGUGUAUUAGUGGUGUACUUAACGCUCGUAACUGGAAAUGUGAUGUCAAUUAUGAUAAACCGAUUAAGAAUAUGAGGGACUGGAGGUUCUUAUAG